AUGUUGCUGAAAAAGUGGAAGGAGUUUUAUAAUAAAGAGGACUUUGACUAUUCCACGGGAUAUGUCGACCCAUACCAAUUUCAUCGCACUUUUUAUUUUGUGCAGAGCGCUUUUCAGGUUACAGACGAGCCGUUUAAACCUUGGACAUACGUCUCAAAAACAAUCACUUUGAUAUGCGGGAUCGGGGUACUGACUGACGCCUGCUUCUCAUUUUACCAUGCCAUUGAUAUAUUUGACAUGGGCCUGAUAACUGAAGCAGGAACUUACGUCCUUAUGUUGCUCUACAAAAUGAUGACGCUCACCAUCACGAAAGUCAACUUGCCCAGUUACAUACACUUUAUGAAAUGCAUGAAAGACGACUUCGCUUAUAUUUGCACUAAGAGCGAAAAGUAUAGGAAAGUAUUCUUCGAAACUCAACUCGCUACUUGGAAGUUGUGCGUUUCCACGUGUCUCUUCAUGUUUUGUUUGGCCAACAGUCUGGUUCUGUUCGCGAUUGGGUCCCUAUUCUUUUAUUUAGCUACACACGAGCCUGGCGAUGGGACCAAUAGGCCCCUAGUUUUCCCGUUUUGGGCUCCAGGAAUUGACUACACUUCGUCACCGGCCUAUGAUAUAGCCUUCAAUUUUGCCAAUAUCGGUGUUUUGGCUUGCACAUAUAACUAUACAUUUGUACUUCAAACAAACAUAGUAUGGGUCCGACAAAUCGCAUCAAAGGCCGAAAUGAUUGAGAUGUGUAUCACAGACCUUUUGGAAGGUAUCCAGCCGGCCAAUAAUGAAGAGGAGAAAAGGCACUACGCAAAUUUGAUAAACUAUCGAAUGAGAGAAAUUAUAUCUCAGCACCAAAAAAUGUACAGGUUGUUAGACAGUUAUGCAUCGGUUUUUAAGAAAUGUUUGAUGUUUGAACAGCUUGUAUCAAGUCCAGUUAUCUGCAUGUUGGCAUACUGUUCUGCAGAGAAACUAGAUGCAGGUGAAAUUCAUACUGUUAUGAUUUUGCUUUGUGUCGGCGCCAUAUUGAUUUUAUUCCUUCCGUGUUAUCUUUGCACUUAUCUCAGAAUGAAGGUAACCCGAAUAUGCGAUGCGUGUUGGGAGAUUAGGUUCUGGGACGCCGGCCCCAACAUACGGCCGUACUUGAUACUCAUCAUGCAGAGGUGCCUGCGACCUCUGCCACUCCAGGCGCCCGGCUUUCAAGAGGUGUCCAUCAAAACGUUUUCGAGUAAAAUGACAUCAGCGUAUUCAUUGUUCAACAUGCUGAGACAGGCGGAUCUAGAUUUAUAAUUUACAAUUAUUUUUAAUCAAAAUCA